AUGUUUAACAAUGUUCUGUUACCUCCUGCUGAACUUUUCAAGUUUAUAUUGCCAUCUUUCAUGUAUUGCAACUGUUAUUUAUACUUUCAGGAUGCAUUUGUUCUGUGGGACACCUAUGGUUAUCCAAUUGAUUUGACUGAGGUCAUGGCAGUUGACUUCGGGCUAUCUGUUGACAUGGAGGAUUUUAAUGCUUCUAUGGAAGAAGCAAGGCAAAAGGCUAGGAAUGCUCGCUACAAGGCUGGUGGCAAAUCUAUUGUCCUGGAUGCUAAUGCUACAUCGCAGCUGCACAAUCAGGGGCUUUCCAGCACAAAUGAUAGCCUGAAAUUCCAACACGAGGUACAUAGUAGUGUGGUGAAGGCUAUCUAUACUGGCUCAGAGUUCAUAACCACUGCAUCUGAUGAUGAAGAUUUUGGUUUGGUUUUGGAAAGCACAAGCUUCUAUGUGGAACAGGGUGGUCAGAUCUAUGACACUGGGAGUAUCGAGGGGCCAUCUGGAUCUUUCAUUGUGAACAAUGUCCAAGUGUUUGCUGGCUAUCUCCUGCAUAUCUGUUCAUCUCUGGAAGGGCCUGACUCCAGGGCAUUGUCUGUUGGUGAUGAAGUGAAAUGCAAGGUUGAUUACACACGGCGUGCUCUCAUUGCUCCAAACCACACAUGUACCCAUAUGCUCAAGUUUGCUCUAAGGGAAGUACUUGGUGACCAUGUUGACCAGAAAGGUUCCAUUGUUCUUCCAGAGAAGCUGAGAUUUGAUUUCUCCCAUGGGAAGCCUGUGCCGCCCGAAGAUUUGAGAAGAAUCGAGGAUAUAGUGAACCAGCAAAUAAAGGACGGGCUGGAGGUAUAUGCACAAGAAAUAAAAUUAGCUGACGCGAAGCGCAUAAAUGGCCUGCGAGUGGUGUUCGGCGAAAUCUACCCUGACCCUGUAAGAGUUGUAUCGAUUGGUCCCAAAGUGGAAGAUCUGCUUGCAAACCCUGAAAGCAAACAAUGGUUAUCCAUAUCAACUGAGUUGUGCGGAGGUACGCACAUUUCAAACACUAGAGAUGCUGCAGCAUUUGCCCUCAUAUCUGAAGAGGGUAUCACAAAAGGUGUUCGGAGGAUAACGGCUAUUACUGCUGAGUGUGCCUCCCAGGCUAUCAAGUUGGCACAAUUGAUUGAAACUGAUAUCAAUGAAGCAUCUAAACUACUAGACGGAGCGACAUUGGCAAAGAAAAUUGGGUCCAUCAAGAAUACACUGGAUGCAGCUGCUAUCCCAGCUACAAGAAAAGCUGAUCUAAGAGGCAAUAUCUCAAAAUUGGAGGAUCAACUUAGGAAGGCCAAGAAGAAAAUGGGCGAAGAAAAUAUCCAAAAGGCUGUCAAGACUGCCAUGGAUGCCGCAGAAGCUGCUAUUUCUGGAGGAAGACCCUUCUGUGUUACUCAUGCCGAUGUGGGUCUUGAUACAACUGCUGUCCGUGAAGCAGUUAUCAAAGCCAUGAACCGUUUCAAGAAUCUGCCUAUGAUGGUAUUCAGCACGGAUGAGGCAUCAAACAAGGCUGUUAUUUAUGCCGGUGUACCUCCCGAUGCACCCAAUGGCUUCAAGGUGUUGGAUUGGCUUACACCUUCAAUCGCACCACUCAAGGGAAGAGGAGGCGGCGGCAAGAAUGGUCUUGCCCAGGGCCAGGGAAGUGAUGCUUCUCGGGUCAAGGAGGCCAUGGAGAUUGCUAAUCAGAUAGCUUCAAUGAAGCUGAGCUGA